UUGUCUUAGUCCCACCCAAAAUGGAGUCGUGUCGCGUCGCGUUUUCCUCAUUCUGCCUCAGACUCUCGCGAAGCGCGUCGGGUUCAUCUAUGCGCGGGGAGCCAAGCGCCCCUGUCCUGCAUUUCAAAACCUUUAUGAAACUAGUGUACUCGAUUAAAACGACACCGUAGGGCCGUUCCAGAUUGAACAGGCCCUCUGCUCUCACUCCUCUGUCGUUGCCGGCGCCCAGCGCGGGUUUAUGUCUGAUAAAGCUGCUGUGAAAGUGUUUAUGUGCCGCUGCUGGUUGUGUGGUAUAGUCCGACUGGAACUCCCAACCUGCGGGCUUCAGACGGGGGGGAGAGAGCCUCACAGACAGCCCGAGCCCUUCAUUCGCCAUCACAGCCUUUAUAAUCUCUGUAUCUGUCUCAGGGUUUGAAGAGGCCCGGGGUGAUCGGCGUCUGUGUGUGUGUUUUUUUUCGUCGCUGGUGUUGGGUAUCUUCUGUCCGGCCGUGUGUCUCCUCUAACGUUACCCCCGUGCAGUAUUAGACUGACCGCUACUCCAGUAGCUCUGCGCGCCCGUGUUCGGGUUAAACCGCGAGCUUUUAGCAUUUCAGUAAAUUACAAAUAAUAACACUAUCAACGGAUGAACUGCGUCGAGCCUGAGCUUUUAUCUGUUCCGUUCACAUCAGCCACUGCCAGACUGAUCAUGUUAUUUUUUAAGUACAUUAGAGUUCCAUGUAAAUUUCAUGGCAUAAAUUAUCAUUAUGAUAAUAAUGAUUUUUGUAAGCGAGUUAUUCCAUUAAUUUGGAGUAACGUUAUUUCUUAUACAAGAUGAACACAGUAUGGUCUGGAAAAACCUUGAGAAUAUGAAAACUGAGAUUUCCAAAGGUUUCCCUGAGGCCAAGUCAAAUGUAUUUGUCUAAUGCUUGACACAAUGCACACCUUUGCAAGGCAUCUUUACAGAAAAAUAGUUUUUGUUUAUAACAUCUCAUUCCUUUAGCUGAUUGGAAUUGGGCAGUUAUAUAGUUUACAUUUUAUAAUAGUAGAUGCAGUCAAACAGUUGAGUUUGCUAUUAUGUAUCACCUUACAUAAGAUGUUGGGGAUGUAACACAUUACAAGUAACGUGGGUUAUGUAAUCAGAUUACUUUUUUCAAGUAACUAGUAAAGUAACGCAUUACAUUUUAAUUUACAAGAAAAUAACUGAGUUACAAGUCCCCUGUCCCCAAAUUGGGAGAAAUCUGAAGUAAAGAGCCAUUGUGUGCACUGUGUGAACAUGAUGUAGAUCUAGAGUGAAUGUAAAUGUGCAUUUAUUAAUCACUCGAGAAAAAGUCUUAGUAUUCAUCAAAAUGAAUUAAGAAAGUGAAAUGCAAACUCAGAAUAUGUCACAAACUGGCAAUAAUUAAAUAUGUUAAAUAACACAAAUGUAUCUAAUCCCAUAUAAUGAACUGAUGUCUUUGCUGCUGAUCUUUGAUGAUCCAAUGCAACGGUACUUAUAAGCAAAAAUUACUUUAUUGAACUUCUUUGUUUUGUUUUAUUGCCGAAGAGUGUUAAACCUUCUUCUCCUUCUCUACGUUACAGACGUGAAUUUAUUUUUCCUUCAGCCUGAGGUUUAUUCAUUACAGUUUAUGGUGUUAACAAACACCUCGGGCGUCUCUGGUGACGAAUGCAGGACUUCUCUAGUCAUUUAGUCAAAAGGAAGGACACGUCCUCGUAAGGCUGCCACAUCAUAAAGCUUUGUGAAGUGGUAGAUGAGCGGUGGAUUGGUGGAGGAGGGGUUCGCUCUCACCUCGUUCUGAUGCAAUGGAGGCCAAGCAGGAGUCAACACAUGUGUGGAGUACAGCAGCCAACAAUGACACUGGAAAUACUCCUCAGGUGCAUUUCGAGAGCGGUGCGGUGGCUCAGAUCGUGUACAGCGGAGAGCAGUCUGACCGCGCUCAGCAGCAGGUCGUGUACGCAGCAGACGGGAGCUCCUACACCUCGGUGGAGUCGGCCGAACACACACUGGUGUACAUACACCCAGCCGAUGGAUCGCAGGCGGUGUUUACAGAUCAGCCCCAAGUGGCCUAUAUUCAGCAAGAUGGCACAACACAACAGGUGACUGUGUUGCUUCCCAGCGGUCAGAACAUGAACACUGCAAAUCUGCACGUACUGAGUAAUGUAGCUGAUGGCCCACAGGCGAUCCUGGAGCCUGUGACACAGAGCCAACUUGCUGUGACUAAUGCAGCUCUUCCGAACAUGCCGGAGGCCUCGUCGAGUCCCCUGGGGGCCACCGAUUCCACUGUGGAUUCAGAGGAUGAGGAGGAAGACAACGAUAGCGACGAUUCUGACAUGGACGACUGGGAACCCAGGACGCCCCAGCCCUUCACCCCUCAGAACCUCUGGUGUGAAGACUGUAACAAUGCUAAUCUUGGAGCAUGUAUGAAACACGGUCCUCUGCACCCCAUCCUGAGCCGCCCUGUGAUGUCCAAGGCUCGGGCCAGUCUUCCUCUCGUCCUGUAUAUCGACCGCUUCCUGGGCGGAGUCUUUACUAAGAGGCGUAUCCCCAAACGCACACAGUUCGGUCCUAUAGAGGGGCCGCUGGUGCCACAGAGCCAGCUGCAGGACACGCACAUCCACCUCAAAUUAUACAUGCUAGACCCUGAAAAAGAAGGCGAGAGGGCAGAGGACCUCUGGUUUGACCUGACUGAUGAAGAGCGAUGUAACUGGAUGAUGUUUGUCCGGCCGGCUCAGAAUCACCUGGAGCAGAACCUGGUGGCUUAUCAAUACGGCUCGGACAUCUUUUACACCACCAUUAAGAACAUACAGCCCAAACAGGAGCUUAAGGUGUGGUACGCUGCAUCAUAUGCCGAGUUUGUCCACCAGAAAGUUCAUGAUGUCACAGAUGAAGAGAGAAAAGUUUUACGUGAGCAGGAGAAGAACUGGCCGUGCUAUGAGUGUAACAGACGGUUCAUGAGCUCAGAGCAGCUUCAGCAGCACUUAAACAUGCACGACGACAAGCUGAACCUCAUCCAAAGGCCAAAAGGCCGCGGGCGAGGAAGGGGCAGGAAACGAUUCGGUGCUGCACGACGACCAGGACGACGUACGAAAUUCAUCUGCCCACAGACUCCUGUUGAGAGUGCUGACAAAACACAGGAGCUUUUAGCAUCUGUAGAUAAACUACCAUUUGAGGAGCGAACGGACGGAGCUCUUAAUGGGCUGAAGGGGGUGGAAAUGGCAGCUGAAUCGAUGGAGACCGAGACGGAAGAAGGGCUUGAUACCCCAGAAACCCACACCGAGGUACUGCAAGAGGAGGGGGAUUCUGUCACCCCACCUCCAGCCACAGAAGUCCCAGAGUCUGCCAAAGAGGACCCGUCUCAGACAAGUCCCGAAGACCCCCACCUCACACCACAGGACAUGAGGAGGGCGAGGAGGAUUAGGAAUGCCGCUCUCCAGCAUCUUUUCAUCCGUAAGUCCUUUCGCCCCUUUAAAUGUUCUCAUUGCGGGAAAGCCUUUCGAGAUAAAGACAAGCUGGAGCAGCACAUGCGAUACCACGGGCGGGACGGCUGCCGUCACAUGUGCCAUCAGUGCGGUAAGGGCUUCCUGUCCAGCUCUGCGCUUGAGGAUCACCUGCAGCUGCACUCUGACCAGCGCACCUACUCCUGCCUCUUCUGCGCCGAGUCCUACGACAGACUGGACCUGCUCAAAGUGCAUGUGGAGGUUCACCUGGUCAACGGCUGCUUUUCCUGUCCUUCCUGCAAGAAAACCUUCACAGACUUCAUACAGGUUAAGAAACAUGUGAGAAGUUUCCACUCCGAGAAGAUCUUCCAGUGUACAGAGUGUGAUAAAGCCUUCUGCAGGCCUGAUAAACUACGCCUCCACAUGCUUCGCCACUCUGACCGCAAGGACUUCCUGUGCUCCACCUGUGGAAAACAGUUUAAGAGGAAGGAUAAACUACGGGAGCACAUGCAGAGGAUGCACAACCCUGAACGUGAGGCCAAAAAGGCGGACCGCAUCCACCGCACCAAAGCUUUGAAACAGAAGGAGCCCACCACCGACUUUGAGAGCUUCAUGUUUAAAUGCAGACUCUGUAUGAUGGGCUUCAGAAGACGAGGAAUGCUGGUGAAUCACCUGUCUAAACGACAUCCUGAGAUGCGAUUGGAGGAGGUUCCUGAGCUGACGCUGCCCAUCAUUAAACCCAACAGAGAUUACUUUUGCCAGUACUGUGAUAAGGUGUAUAAAAGUGCCAGUAAGAGGAAGGCCCACAUUUUGAAGAACCACCCCGGGGCAGAAUUGCCCCCCAGCAUCCGGAAGCUGCGUCCAGCCGGGCCGGGAGAGCCUGACCCCAUGCUGAGCACACACACACAGCUGACCGGCACCAUCGCUUCUGCACCUGUCUGCUGCCCGCACUGUGCCAAACAAUACAGCAGCAAGACCAAGAUGGUCCAGCACAUCCGUAAGAAGCAUCCGGAGUAUCAGUACAGCAGCAGCAGCAGCAUCCCGGCACCUCUGGCUGCUACUGUCAUCAGCAGCGCUCCUGCCGUCAUCACAACAGACGGCAGUACUGCGGAGACCGUGGUGACGACCGAUCUGUUGACCCAGGCCAUGACGGAGCUGUCCCAGACCCUGACCACAGACUACCGCACAGCACAAGGGGAUUUCCAGAGGAUCCAGUACAUCCCAGUGUCUCAGGCAGGAGGAGGCCUGUCCCAGCCACAGCACAUACAGCUGCAGGUGGUGCAGGUGGCCCCGGCGUCCUCUCCUCACUCUCAGCACUCUACAGUCGAUGUGAGUCAGUUACACGACCCUCACAGUUACAGUCAGCACUCUAUUCAGGUUGAGCACAUCCAGGUGGCUGAGCCCACGGGGACGGUGCAGGCCAAUGCACAGGUUUCAGCUCAGCCUCUAAGCCCCUCCUCUCAGCAAGCGGCUCAGGAGCUUAGCACCACCCAGCUGACCCCUGUGACCCUCGCUCAGGGCCAGACUCUACAGACGUCCACCAAUCAGACGCAAGGUGCUGCUCAGCAUGCGUACCUACCCAGCAACUGGAACUACAGGAGUUACCCCUCUGAGAUCCAGAUGAUGGCUCUUCCUCAUACUCAGUAUGUGAUAGCAGAGGCCAGCACCCCCGUCACUGCGUCCGGCAACAGCAGUCAGGUCAAGACGACACAUUAUGUGAUCUCGGAAGGACAGACGGAGCUGGAUGGUAAGCAGCUGAGUGUCCCGUCAUCCGCUGGGCAGGUUCACCCCGACCCACUGGAGCAGCCGGCCGUCAGUCAGCAGACCACCACGCAGUACAUCAUCACCACCACCACCAACGGGACAGGGGCCAGUGAAGUUCACAUCACCAAACCCUGACCCUCAAUCACACAUGAAGAAACUGAUUUGUCGUCUUCAGCUGCAGAGUUACUUUAAAUGAACAGAUUUCUGAUUUAUUUUCUUGAAGAGUUAAAAAGAUGAACUCAAAUAGUGAAGAUGUUUUUGUAUGAAAAAUAAUAAAAACACUGGAGUGGGUAACUGUGUUUCUCUAGACACCCAAAAAUACCUAAUUGUGUUUGUUUUCAGGAACUAUCAUGACUUUUAACCUGUGACAUCUUGCCUUUUAUCUUCAUUUUGGUAUUUUUUUUUUCCUCUUUAUUUUUUUUAUUCAGUAAAGUAUUGAAAGAUUCAUACUUAAGACUGAUGAGAGACCUUUAAAAUGAUUUUUUUUUAUUAGUAUUUCUUUGUUUCCCCACAAUAAAAGGGGUCAAGCGCUGUGGAUCCUCAUUUCGCUGGCUUUUGUUUGAAUAUAUUUGGAAAUCUUCAUGUAAAAUUUGGCACAGCCGCAAAGCCUGGAAAAAUACUGCCUUGAUGAGCAGGCGGAUCUUAUAAAAGAUCACAAUUUACCCCAAAAUCCAAAGAGAGAAUUAGAAUUUGCACAGAGAAUGUGAAGCUUUGUGACUUAAUUUUUGUGACUAUAAAGUGUUAGAAUUAAAUUUAGCUUGAUUGUCAUGAACAUAAUGUCACGAUGCAAAAAUAUACUUCAGUUUCUUACAAUGAAAUGUAAUGUAUUUUUGUAAUGUGUUUUGGAGUGGAAUAUGACCUUGACAUUUCAUUUCAAGAAUCUAACAUCAAUCUCAAAAUCGUAUUAUUUUGAUAACGCAAAACUUCCCAGAUCAGAUCGUCAAUCCCCACAUCAGCUCCCUUGCAAAUGAAAGCGAACCCCAAAUGAUUACUUAAUUAUAUUAACUAUAAAUAAUUAAAAUAUGCUCCACUGAAGAAGUCAACUGCCAGAAUGAGGUUCAGAUGAAGGUUGAACCCUUUAUACCCUCCAAAAAAUCCAAAUCAGAGUCCUCAUAUAAUUUUAUGCAUUAUCUGUUAAAACGACUGGAAGAUCUUGUGUAUUUCAUGUAACUUGUGUUUAUGGACAUACUAGUAUUUAUUUGGGUUUUGCACAUCCAUUAGUGGAGCACUGCUGCAACUUUAGAACCUGAGAAAGGGAAAUGUAUCCAGCAUACACUAUUUAUACUGAGACAAACUUGUACAAUGUAAAAAAAAAAAUCUGUACUAUGAUGAGUAUUGUAAUUAUUGACAGUUUAUGUACAGUAAUGCGCCUCAGUGUCUCUGGGUUGGUGUCUCCUGUUGUUCCUAGUGAUCGUAAAUAAACAUCCUUUUGUAGA